UACUGAUACGCGGCGAUGUCACACGCGGCCUGCGGGCAGGCGGACGACCGGCGACUCAUCGCGCUGGUGCGCGCGCGCCCUCUUCUCUUCGGACGCAGCAAGAUGCCUGUUGCCAGCUACUACGAGCAGGUCCGCCGCCUGUGGGUCGAAGUGGCAGCUGAAAUGGGCUGGACCGUGGCGGACGCGCGUCGCAAAUGGUCGCACCUGCGGAACUCGUAUUCGCGCCACCUUCGCAACGAGCUGCAGGGUGCGUGCACCAGCAAGGGUCGCAUGGUCUCCAAGUGGUACCUGGCCGACGAGCUGGACUUCUUGCGGGAGCACAUGGCGACCGACACCGGUUCCGCGUCGCACCCUACGUUUGCGACGUCUCUACUAGACCUGGAUAUGAGCGACAGCGUCAGCUCCGAGCACCUGGAUGUGAAGCCUUUCAUGUCUGCCUCAGCGCCCAGGCAGGACUGUUCAACCUCGCUCACAUUUGCACCAGACGAAAACUCCUCCUUUUUCCAAUACUUCCGCGGUCUCUACACCGAGUACGAGGGGCUUACUCCGAGAAACCAGAGGAAGUUCAAGAGACAGUGUCUGACGUUUCUUCACCAGCUCCACGAUCAGCAGGAAGAAGAGGGGACAGCGCCCGGCGGCCGGGGGCAGGUGUGUGACCCCAGUGGCAGCGACGACGAAAGAGAUCUGAAGCCAAUUAUAGAAAUAGGGCCGGUACAAAUUAGGUGACAGUAAGAACAUGAAGACUGUUGUAUCCAUGUAGAUUGUACAUAUACAUAGUUAUAUUAUUUUAAUAUUAUAUAAUACUAGCUGACCCGGUGACCUUCGUAUCACCUAUAUUGUUGUUUACAACUUUUGAUUUGUGAUGACUGGUUGUACUAUGUAUGUUUAAAAUGUUCAGUUAUUAAAAAAUCGAAAAGUUCGAGUGUUAUGAAUAGAAAUGAUACAUUCAUUGAAAAUGUUUAAUGUGUUUUAGUUAUAGAAAUAUAUAUCUAUUUCAUUUAAACUUGAUUGUAAACUAUAUUUUUGGUUUCGGUGUUUGGAGCAUAAUUAUUAAUCCGGAUGACCGAGACUUGCUCGGAUUUUUAAGAAUGUACAAAACUUGAACAAAAAAAAAACUAAUAGGACAUCUGGAUUCAACCGGGGCCUUCUUCUUCUCUGCUUUCCGGAUCACCCAAUGUCCCAUCUGAGCUAUUAUAGUCUUGUAAAUAUUGGCGAAAUUUACCUUUGUAUUCUAAUGUUAUUGUAGAUUUUUCUACUACAUUUUUUAAAAUUGAAACUUAACUAGAUCGAUUUCUCGCCCACGAUAUCCCCUGUAUACUAAAUUUUUUGAAAAUCGUUGGAGCCGUUUUCGAGAUUCAGAUUAUAUGUAUGUAUAUACAAGAAUUGCUCGUUUAAAGAUAUAAGAUAAAUAGAGAAGAUGGUUCCCUACACGCGAACAUGCCACAUACAGCUGACCAUGUGAAAAACCCUGAAAGUCUAAAUUAAUUCCCCAAACCUCCAAUGAUUGGUCUAGCUAUUUGUUUAUGGUCAUUGCAAAAGCCGGUUGCACAGGGAACUGUAGUCGCUUGAACUCGAACGGCGAGUCUGUUAGAAUCAUCG